AUGACUCUCCUAACAGAGGAAGAGCUCGGCAGAGUACCGAAGCCCGGAGCUGACAUUACAGCCAUGGCUCACUAUUCGGAUGACUAUGGAUCUAAGGAAAACUACAUGGAAAGCAUGGAAUCGGCUGUGUUUGGGGUUGUGGAGCCCCCCAGAAGAUCACGGGGGAGACUUAUAAUGCACGGCAUGAUUAUGUUUGGAAGGGAAUUUUGCUAUGCGGUGGAAGCUGCAUUUGUUACCCCUGUGCUUCUAAGUGUGGGACUCCCCAAGAGCCUUUACAGCCUUGUUUGGCUGAUCAGCCCCAUUCUGGGGUUCAUCCUUCAGCCAGUCAUCGGGUCUGCCAGUGAUUACUGUAGAUCACCAUGGGGCCGGAGGCGACCCUACAUCUUGUCGCUUGGAAUAAUGAUGUUGGUGGGCCUCACUUUGUUCCUCAACGGAGAUGCUGUGAUCGCAGCCAUGGUGACCGACAGGAACUUGCAGAGGACAUUGGACAUCGUGGUGGUGAUGUGUGGGGUGGUAUUGUUUGACUUUGCGGCAGACUUCAUUGACGGGCCCAUCAAGGCCUACCUCUUCGAUGUCUGCUCACAUCAGGAUAAGGAGAGAGGCCUUCACUAUCAUGCCCUCCUUACGGGUUUGGGGGGUGCCUGUGGGUACCUAAUCGGAGCGAUGGACUGGGGUCACUCUGCAUUGGGUGUGCUGCUGGGGUCAGAGUACCAUGUCAUCUUCUUCUUCUCUGCCCUGACCCUGGCAACCUUCCUCACAGUCCACCUCUUCAGCAUUCCGGAAAAACCACUGGAGAAGGAUGUGCCUGCAGACUCCAGCUCUUCUGACACCCUUCUUCUCCUUGGGACACAUGGAAGCGAUUAUGGGGCACUGCCCAAAGUGCCUGGCCCUGAACCAGAGCUUAGGACACGGUCCUUCUCGGCUCUGGGAGAAGCCAACUCUGUCACCUCCAGUGCCAAGCAGCCCAACAAAGAGGUGCAGAAGCGGAUGACCCUGAAGUCCUUGUUCCUGGCAAUGAUCAACAUGCCGAGUCACUAUCGUUGCCUUUGUGUCAGUCACCUGCUGGGGUGGACUGCCUUUCUCUGUAACAUGCUUUUCUUCACUGACUUCAUGGGACAGAUUGUAUAUAAGGGGAACCCAUAUACUGACCACAACUCCACAGCCUACAACACAUAUGAGAGGGGUGUAGAAGUGGGCUGCUGGGGCUUAUGCAUCAAUGCCGUGUCAUCUGCGCUAUAUUCAUAUGUUCAGCGUCUCCUGCUGCCAUACAUUGGCCUGAAGGGGCUCUACUUUGUGGGGUACUUCAUAUUUGGGCUGGGUACCAGCCUGAUCUGCCUAUUCCCCAACAUCAUCGUUACACUGACUCUGUGCAGCGUCUUUGGCGUGAUGUCCAGCACCCUCUACACCAUCCCCUUCAACCUCAUCUCAGAGUACCACAAGGAAGAGGAGGUGCAAAGGAAGAUGGGUGGCGAGGGGCAGGCAGAGCAUGAACGUGGCACAGGUGCUGACUGUGCAGCCCUGACCUGCAUGGUGCAACUGGCUCAGAUCAUCGUGGGAGCGGGGCUUGGUGCACUGGUCAAUGCUGCAGGCAGUGUGACGGUGGUGGUGCUCUCAGCCUCCACGGUCUCCCUCGUUGGCUGCCUGUUCAUCGCCCUCUUCAUCAGAUAUGUGGAAUAACCUCUAAUUCUGUCUAAUAAACAUA